CAUUUCUCCCCAUUCUCACUUCUUCACCACACCACAGCAAACCUUUAAUUUACCCUACCGUGAAAAACGUGAUUUUUUUCAUAUACUUUUAUUUAUCAUACAUAAUGAUUUUGAUAGUGUCGUAUGUGUUCGUGGUUCUAACCAUUCCUUCCAUGAAUUUUAAGAUCUCUCAAGCCAUAUCCUAUGUCACUUUUAACCAGUCAUCCAUUGGUCAUCACCACGAACAAUGGAUGAUCCAGUUCUCUCGAGUUUAUAUCGAUGAAUCCGAGAAACAGGUGAGGCUUGAAGUGUUUAAAAAAACUUGAAAUUCAUUGAGAACUUCAAUAAUAAAGCGAAUCAAAGCUACAAACUUGGUGUCAACGAAUUUACGGAUUUGACCAAAGAGGAGUUCCUUGCCACCCACACCGGUCUCAGAGGCAGUAACGUAACUUCACCAUCUGAAGUGGUUGAUAAAAUGAUGCCAUCUUGGAAUUGGAACGUCAGUAAUGUCAUCCCCCAGAGCAAAGACUGGACAAAGGAAGGAGCUGUAACACCAACCAAAUCGCAAGGAGGAUGUAGUAGUUGUUGGGCAUUUUCAGCGAUUGCAGCAGUGGAAGGUCUGGCAAAGAUUACUCGAGGAAACCUCGUAUCACUGUCCGAACAGCAGCUUGUAGAUUGCGAUAAACCGGCUAACGGUGGUUGUAAGGGGGGAACAAUGGAAGAAGCUUUCAACUACAUAGCGAAAAAUGGAGGCAUUUCUUCAGAAGACGCAUACCCUUAUCAAGUGAAAGAAAGGAGUUGCCAGUUCAACAUCAAACCCGCCAUGCAUAUAAGAGGGUUCCAAAGGGUUCCACAAAACGAUGAGCUUCAGUUGCUCGGGGCCGUAUCGAGACAGCCUGUAUCGGUGAGCAUUACAUCGACCGCGGUCAGUUUCAUCCAUUACUCAAGCGGAGUGUACAAUGCGCCUGACUGUGCAACAACCAUCUUUGAUCAUGCAGUGACGUUGGUUGGGUACGGGACGAGCCCUGAAGGGAUCAAGUACUGGCUGGCAAAGAACUCUUGGGGUGAGACUUGGGGAGAGAAUGGUUAUAUUAGACUCCGUAGAGAUGUGGAGUGGCCUGAAGGCAUGUGUGGUAUAGCUCAGUUUGCUUCUUAUCCGGUUGAGUAAUUAAUUAUGUUAGAUGAUUUAUAUUGAAGUAUUCAAACAUUAUGGAAUGUACUUUUACAUAUUUGUAUUUUGAUAGUAUAUGUUUUAACUUAUUUUAGUAAUAUAUAUAUAUAAUAAUAAUAAUUUUAAGAUGGGUUAAUUGAAACAUCUCUA